GUUCUUUCAGCAUGCACAUGGCGCGCUCCCCUCCUCGGGGGCCUUUGUCUCGUUAUCCUCAUGUCUUUUGAUUCCCUCAAGCUUGAUACCUAGGUAGUCAAUGAUAGCUGAGGAGAUCCGUCUUACCUUACGUCAUCGUACCUAUACUGUAGGCGCUAGCUAUGUACGCAUGCACAGAGCAUUCCGUCCACACACGCAAGAGGCCUUUUCAAUGUCCAUCAAGAUCCAGUUAUCAAAGUCACCCGGAAGCAACCGACACGCCGAUUUCGCAGGCUAUGGUAAACCCAAAAGGAGUCAUCUCAGGCCAGGUCGUGACACGCCGCUCGCCUGAUCCGCGGCUGGCUGAGAAUUGUCCUAUGGCAGACAAGCAAAAGCGAGACCAACCACAGCCCCAGGAAGAAGAACAAGGCAAGGGGGUUUCAGUCAGCUGCUGGCUGCAUGUGCAUUGUCUCUUAUCCCGCCGUCUGGGCGGGUGACAGUCCGGCAUAUCAUGUGGGUUGCUGGAGUUACGCAUCGAAAAGGGAGGUGGGGUUUGUUUAGUCGACUUCGGGGGUUUGCGGCAACGCCUGGCUCAUGUGGCUCUGGAACUGUUU